AUGAGUUGGGUGAAAAAGCUGGUGACGUCCAUCCAGAUGGCCGGAGUGCUGGUGGGGGCGUUCCUCGCCGGUCAGCUGGGGGACUACUUCGGCCGGAAGAAGGUCACGUACAGUUACGUGCUGGGGCACGCCGUCAUCAACAUCGUCACCGCCUUCUCCGUGUCCUGGGAGAUGUUUGCUGUCUGCCGCUUCUUUAUCGGGAUCGGGAUUGCAUAUCUUAGGUAUGUACCAGAGAGCCUGAGGUGGCUUACGGUUCAAGGUCGCCUCAAGGAAGCAGAGAAGGUCACAGAGAAAAUAGCUGCCGUCAACAACAAACCGCUUCCUCCAAAAUACAAAAACAUCUUAAAGACUAUUGCCGAUCACGAACAGAAGUCAAGAGAGAGCGGACAGAAGUAUUCCUACAUUGAUGUGUUCAGGGGUUGGUACACCGCGCGAAUCACGCUCAUCUUCUGCUUUCAAUGGUGUUCCAUAUCCAUUGUUUACUACGGCAUCUCCUUUGGUGUGUCCAGCUUGGCAGGCAACAUUUACCUCAACAUCUUCCUUUUGGCGGUGGUGGAGUUGCCCGCCAUGUUUUCCACAUUUUAUUUCAAUAACAAGAAUCUUGGUUAUGGCCUGGCCAACACCGCUGCCCGGAUCGGCGGGAUUGUCGCCCCUUACAUCGUCAAUUUUGACGACAUGCUGGCUUUGUCGUACUCAAUCAUCAGCGCCAUGUUGGUAGCGAGCCUCAUCCUCAUUCUUCUCACACCGGAAACAAAGGGGACGUUACUCGCCGACAGUGUCACCGCAAUGGAGAAGGACAGCGGUGGGCAAAAUGGUGGUGGGGAGAAGGGGAAGAAAGCGGCGCCGCCCGGAGGGGUGGAGAUGGAGCAAGUGAAAGUCACAGUCCCAGAGAAAAGCUACCCAGAACAGGAUGAGAACGGACAAGUACAGAAAGACUCAGGCGAUGUGAUGGAAAAGGACAACGGCUUUUUACAGAGCUACACUGUAUCCGAGAAAGCCUCGUUGUAA